AGGGACCUGCUCCGGAAACAGUAUUUAAUUGAGUCUGAAAGUGUGCUGUUUCUCCAAAGUUGGGUGAGAGUGCUGUCCUGCUCAGCUCUCGAGUUGCAUCGCUGACGUAGAGGUUGGUCCAGGGAGCAGCGCAGCCUGAGGCAUUGUUCGAGGAAAUGCUGUCAUUCUGGGAUGUGGCCAUUGAUUUUUCUCCAGAAGAGAGAGAAUGCCUGGAGCCUGAUCAGUGGGAUCUGUACAGGGACGUGAUGCUGGAGAAUUACAGCCAUCUGGAUUUCCUGGGUCUUGCUCUCUCUAAGCCAUUCCUGGUGACAUUUCUGGAGCAAAGACAAGGGCCUUGGGACGUGAAGAGACAAGCAGCAGCCGCUGUGCACCCAGGAAAAACCGUCAACAAAUGUAAAGAUUUCAGCAAGGCCUUUUUUUGCAAGUCACUGCUUACUCAGCACCAGAGAAUUCGUACAGGGGAGAAAGCCUUCAAGUGUGAAGAAUGUGGUAAGGCCUUUAAUAAUCGUUCAAACCUUUCUGAACACAAGAGAAUACAUACUGGAGAAAAACCCUACAAAUGUGAAGAAUGUGGUAAGGCCUUUCGUAUUCGCUCAAAACUUUCUACACACCAGAGAGUUCAUACGGGAGAAAAACCCUACAAAUGUGAAGAAUGUGGUAAGGCUUUUAAUAGUCAUUCAAACCUUUCUGAACACAAGAGAAUCCAUACUGGAGAAAAACCGUACAAAUGUGAAGAAUGUGGCAAGGCCUUCAGUACUCGCUCAACAUAUUAUAGACACCAGAAAAACCAUACUGGGAAAAAACCAUACAAGUGUGAAGAAUGCGCCAAAGAAUUUUCCUACCCUUCAUUGCUUAAGGUACAUCAAAGAAUUCAUUCUGCAGAGAAAUCUUACAAGUGUGAAGAAUGUGGGAAACCAUUUUACUGUCCUUUAUUGCUUAAGAAGCAUCAAAUAAUUCAUUCUGCAGAGAAACCCUACAAGUGUGCAGAAUGUGGCAAAGCCUUUCACUACCCUUCAUUGCUUAAGCGACAUCAAAGAAUUCAUGCUGGAAAGAAACCCUGUAAGUGUAAAGACUGCGACAGGGCAUUUUACUCUUCCGCAUUCCUUAAGCGUCAUCAAAGAAUUCAUUCUGAAGAGAAUUCCUACAAGUGUGGAGAAUGUGGCAAAAGGUUUUGUUCUUUUCCACACCUUCAAUAUCACCAAAGAUUUCAUUCUGGAGAGAAACCAUACAAAUGUGAACAAUGUGGGAAAACAUUUUCUACUCUCUCUUACCUUCCUUGGCAUAAAUUGCGUCAUUCUGGGGAGAAGUCAUACAAAUGUGAAAAAUGUGGGAAAAUGUUUUACUCUACUUUGGACCUUAAAAAACACCAAAAAAUUCAUGAAUAUAAGUGUGGGGAAUGUCACUAUGGCUUUCCUAAUUAUGCAGCCCUUACUGCACACCAGAGAGUUCAUACUGGAGAGAAACCUCAUGUAUGCGAACAAUGUGGGAAAGACUUUUCUAGGAUCGAUAGCCUCAAUCAGCAUCAGCUUGUUCAUACUGGAGAGAAACCCUAUAAAUGUGAAAAAUGUGGCAAGUGCUUUUACCGAUCUUCAUCCCUUAAAAGACAUCAAGGAAUUCACUCUUAAUAGAAAAUUUGACAAGUGAUAUGUGAUAAAAAAUCUUGCAAAAUAUUCAGACCUUGCCCAAGACAAAGGAAAUCAUUGAGUAGAGAAGCCAUAUGCCUGUGAGGAAUGCUGAGUGGUUUAACAUGAAGUCAACACUUUCUACCAUCAAUAACGUUCAUUCUGCAGAGAAACUUGCCCAACUGUGGAGGAAGUGACAGGCUUUUAGUGUUUCUUCAAACCUUAAAUAACAAUGAUCUUCUUCCUGAACAUUGACGUUAUCAUUUGAAGGAUGUAGUAGAGGCAUUAGUUAUCAUUCAAUCCUGAUUCAACCUCAAUAAUUCAUUCCUGACAGAAACUGUACUUAUGUGCAGAAAAAGACCAAGGCUUAGCUACUUAUGUCUAUAUAAGCAUGAAAGCCUAACAUCUGAAUGCGUGCUUUCCUGGAUCAUAGUGCCUUAUGGGCCUAUCUGGGGGCUUUUUCUUUUUCUUUUUCUUCUACUUUUUCUUUUCUUUUCUCUUCUUUUCUUUCUCUCUUUUUGGGGGGAUGGGGCAUUUUUUUGAUUGUUAACUGGUGUAGUAGUGUCCAGACAGGACAAGCAUCGCCACCUUGGGGAAGUGUUCCUGGGUUACGUAAGGAUGGGGUGGGCAGGAGACUAAUACGUCAGGAAGCAUGGCUUCUGCUUCACUUGCUGCCCUAACUUCCCUGGAAAAGAGACAGCGACAUUUAUGUUGAAAUAAACUAUUUCCUCCCCAAG